AUGGGGUCAUCUCCAUCGAAAGGACCAAAAGCAGUAAAAUGGGAGGUGGCUGAUGAGCCCCCUGAGAUGAACAAGUUUAUCAAUCGUGAAUGGAAGCCAAAAGUGAUAAAAUUGAAAAGGCGACGCGCAAUCCCCGAGGGUUCGAUCAGCGUAAAAAUUCUAGACGAUGAAUUUGACUGUAAUAUUACCAGUAUGGCUUUCUUACCAAAUGGAGACUUAUUUGUUGUUGAUCAGGCAAACAAAAAACUCAAACUUUUUAAUAAACACUUUAGAUAUCAAACCAGUGCACAAAUGCCGUCCAACCCUCAAAGCGUGUGUGCAAGCCCAAACAAGCCUGAAGUGUUUGUCACGUUUCUAGCAUCAAGUCGAAUACGACAAAUCGAAACUUUCAGAAAUGAUUUAAAAAGACUUGAAACCAUACAAACUAUAGGUAAAUGUACAGCUAUUGCCAGUAACAGGUUCGGAGGUUUGGCCGUUGCUAUAAAUAUCACAGGAAAUCAGUGGCAAAUACAUCUCAUGAAUUCUAGAGGAGAUAUUCAGAAACGUGUUCACGGAGAAAGUUUAUUUUUAAACCCAGACCACAUGGCUAUUACAGGUGAUAUGAAUCUUGUUAUAUGUGACCGUGGAAACCAUACUGUUUAUCACAUCACGCCAGACGGGUAUGUUAUAUUCGCGGACAAGGAAAUAAAAGGACCGAUGGAUUGUUUUAUUGAUAAACUUGGCUACAUCUUUGUGGCGGGACCUGAGAGGAUUCAUCAACUGAACGAGCGAGGUGAGAAAGUACAAUAUGUUAUAUCGAAGGCCGAUAUAGGAUUUGCUCCAGCAACUCUUGCAUACAGGGAUGAUGAUGAAUUUUUCCUAGUGGCGGGAAAGUCGGACAAAAUCAGGGUGUACAAACUGAAAAAUUUCUAA